AUGGCCGCCGCAAAGCGAGCGGCCGCGCGUCGUAAAACGGGACCGCCACACCGCCGCAAAGCGCCGCGCCGCGUCGUAAAACGGGACCGCCACACCGCCGUAAAGCGAGCGGCCGCGCGUCGUAAAACGGGACCGCCACACCGCCGCAAAGCGAACGUCAGCACUGUCGGCUUGGAGAAUUACCUGACGGAAACCUCUGCUGUUCGCCGAUUAAUUUUCCUGAGAGCGGCAGCAUCGAUUGAAUUUUACCUGCGCGGGGAGGGCAGGAACCGCCCAGGUGCUGGGCUCUCGGCGCUGCAGCCGCGUCUGUGCUCCCAAGGAGCCCAGGUGUGCCCGGAACCCCGCUCCAUCCCGCGGGGAUGCAGCUGCAGGUGCCACAGCCACACCCCCCCCGGCUCCCUGAAAAGGAGCCUGCGGGGCCCAGAGCCUGCCCAGCAGCACCUGCAGGACCAGCAAUGUCUCCUCUGCUCCCAGCGCUGGGAUUCCUCCUCCUCCUCCUGCUGGGUGAGUGUGCCUGUGGAGGGACUUGCCAGCCAGGAGCAGUUCCUGGAGGUGGCCCAAGGCCAGUGCAACGUCACCUUUGGCCAACUCGCCUGUGCCCAGGGAAUUUGGUUCCAGGACCUUCCGGAUGAUUUCCUCAUAUCCUUGUACUCCUGCCUGGCCUCUAAACCCCCCAGAGCUGUGGAUCCAGAAUAUUCCAUCCUGUUCUUUUCCAAAUAUGAUACCAGGAAGCUUUUGGCCUCCCUGACCAUGUUCAGCCAGCAGCUCUCCCUCUCGCCCCUUUCCCUGGAGUGGAGCGGGAUUUUCACGAACGGAUUAUGGCAGAGGAUGCUCCGAGUUCCUGCAACCGAGACCCCCCCGCUGCUGCUCCGGUGGCUCCGAGAGGGAUUUGAACCCUUCCCUCUGGAAGUUUUCAGCUGCCUCCGUGCCAAGGAUGCGUCCUGUGAGGAAUUCCAGCUGCUAGUGGCUGCCCUGGAUGGAAUCUAUUCCCAGCUUCCUGUGAAGGAGCAGAGGAAUAUUUACACCGGGAUCAAACAUUUCCUCACCCAGGAUGAAUCCAGCCAGAAAUGUUACAGCGAGGCCGUUCCCACUCUGAAUUCCACUGCCUGGUUUCGGAAUUAUCUGGGAUCCUUUCUGGAGCACGCCACUGUGGAGGACCUGAUGCUUUUUUGGGAUGAACCAACACUUCAAAAGUUUGCCAAGGACCCGGUGAAUAUGGAGAUGGUUGGGAAGCUCACCUUGCUCAGGGAGACUGCCCUGUUCUACACCCUCCUCCUGAGCUCUGCUCCUGCUCUUCCACUCUCCAGCCUCCCAGACAGAUUGAUUUGUUACCUGAGCCCCAGGGCAGUGGGAAACCUGAACCUGAGCAGGGAGGAGGUUUUGGGAGCGGCCCAGAGGCUGGGGAAGAGCUGCCCCUGGACCAAGGACAUGCCUGGAGGGAGAGCUCCCUCCUCCCUGGCAUCCCAGGAGCUGCAGGUCGCGUCCUCCCUGGUGAACAGCUUGGAGGAUUUCUCCCCAGCAGUGCUGGGAGCUUUGGGCCAGGCUGCCCUGGGGCUCUCGGUGUCCAGAAUCCAGAGCAGCAUCCCUGAGGAGCAGCUGGGAGCAGCUCUGCCUGCCCUGGCCGGUGUCCGUGGCUGGAGUGCUGAGCAGUCCCGAGCCAUUGUCAACAAACUGCUGCGCUCUGGCUACCAGAUCCUGGAUGGACGGAGCCUGGCAGAGCUGGGGACCUUGGUGGGUGGCCUCAACAGCAGCACACUCAGGAGUUUGUCCCCAGAUGUUGUCCUGGAAGCCAUCCAGCUGCCAGGCUUUGCCCAGCACGUGGACACACUGCCCUCUGCUCUGAAAACCAUCCUGGUGGAAAAGGUUUCCUCCAGGGUUGGCCACCCCGCUGAGCUGGUUAAACUCAUUCCCAAUGCUCUGGCCAGCUACAUCCCAAAAUCCCUGCUUGUUUUCGGGGAAGAGAAGCCAACCGUGCAGGAUCUCAACAAUAAACCGUGGAGCAGAGACCAGGCUGCCGUGUUUUUUGGUGAUGUGGUGAAGGCAGAGCCUGACUUGAGCAGGCUCUCCCAGUCUGUCCUGCAGGGCUUCACCUGUGCAGCUGCCAGUGCUGUGGGAGCAGAAAGGUUUCAGGAGCUGGCCAAGGUGAUGAAGAAGAAGAACGUCAGGCUGGGCCAGGACCAGCUGAGCUGCUUGCAGAAGAUGGUGACGCUGCACGGAAUUCCCAAGGAUUUGGACAGUUAUCCCAAAGACCUGCUGCUGUUUUUGAGCCCCUCAGACUAUGCAGCCACGGGGAACUGCAGCCAGUUCUUCAGCAAUAUUGGGAAGGCAAACGGGGAUGUCCUGCCCAGAGAGGCCCCUCGGAGGCAGCAGCUGCUCCUGGAGGCUCUGGAGUGUCUGAAAGUUCCUGGCACACAAAUAAAUGAGGAGCACGCUGAGAUUCUGGGCUGGCUGCUGUGUGACCUGGGUGGGGAGUACAUCAGGACUUCUGGGGGCAGCUUGCUCAAGGAUUUGAGCCGCUGUGGAUCUUUCCUGCCCGAGCAAGAAGAGGCCAUCAGGGACAUCCUGAGCAGUGGCAACACCACCUUUGGGCCUCCUGCAGCGUGGUCAGCCUUCACCCUGAGCGAGCUCAGCGGGCUGAUCCCCGUGCUGGACCACAGCAUCCUGCAGGAAAUUCCCAAGAAAGCUUUAACCACCUGGCUGAGGAACUUUUCCUGGGAUUCCCCCGUGUCCAGGGAGGAGCUGGCCACCAUCAUCGGGGAGCUCCUGCCCCACAGGCACAAGCGAGAGGACGGUUGCCCAGCUGAUUUGAAGAUAACAGAGGCAGUUCUGGAUGAUAACCUGAUGCCCACCUUCUACACCCCCGAACAGCUGCACGCCUGCCUCCGCAACGUCUCCCUGGAAGGUCACUUCUCCCAGAUCUUCACCUACCCCUUCAACAUCCCACAGCUGGCCGUGCUGAAGGAAUACCUGGACGAGAGGUAUCCCAAUGGUUAUCCCGAAAAUCUGCUCUCCAACCUGGGUGAUCUCCUAUCCCUCAUCACCCCAGAGGAGAUUUCCACCUGGAACAUGAGCUCAGCUGACACAUUGGCUGCCUUCCUGAAGAGUAACCCCCCGGAUUCCCUGGCCUCGGCUGCAAUUAUUCGCUACUUGGGGCUGGGCAAUGCCCUGAAUGCCACGGCCCUGAAUGCCAUUGGCACGAGAUACGUGUGCCUGCUGAAUGCCACUGAUCUGGAAGCCAUCGACCCCUCCAGCCUCGGACUGGCAUCUCUGAAUCCUUCAGCCUGUUCACAGGAGGCAAAGAACAUCUUGUACCAGAAAGCCAAAAAAGCUUUCUCUGACCAGCACCGUUUACCUGCUUACUAUGAGCUGAUUUCACCUUACCUGGGGGGAGCUCCUGCUGUGGAUCUCAAGGCUCUCAGCAAGGACAACGUGAACAUGAAUGUGACCACGUUUGUGGCUUUGAGAAGAGACUCUCUGAUGCUCCUGACACCCCGUGAGGUCCAGGGGCUGCUAGGGAUGAACCUCCCUGAGCUGGCCCAGUGGCAGAACUGGGCUCCAGUCCGGGACUGGAUCCUGCUGCAGAAGCAGUCAGAGCUAGACAAACUCCACGUGGGGCUCACGGGCGGCACACAGGAGGGUUACAUCAACCUCGUCACCCCCAAAUUCCCAGCACCGUCCUCAGCCCCCCUGGGGACCGUGGCCAUGGCACUGCACCUCCUGCCUGCCCUGCUCCUCAGCUUCCUCAUGGUGUCCAGCUUGUCUUGA